AUGAAGACGCCGUGGCUUCUCGAUCUAACGGCGGCGAUGGUUCUUCUCGUCUUUGUAGCCUCAUCUAUGCCGCUUGUCUCAAGCGAUCCAGGGCAGAGAGUCAGCAUGACACUGGUUCGAGGGGCUGCUGCUCUUGGUGCUUUUUGCUUGGACGGUAGCUUACCGGCAUAUCAUUUAGACAAAGGCUUCGGCGCAGGAUCAAACAAUUGGCUUUUGCAGUUUGAGGGAGGUGGAUGGUGCAAUGAUAUAGCAUCAUGCGUGGAAAGAUCAAAGACCCGUCGAGGGUCGACACGUUUUAUGAGCAAAACUGCCGUCUUCACUGGAAUCUUGAGCAACAACGCCUCUUUAAAUCCAGAUUUUUACAACUGGAAUAAAGUCAGGCUGAGGUAUUGCGAUGGAGCUUCGUUUGCGGGAGAUGCACAAUUUCGCAACGGGACGUCAAUGCUUUAUUUCAGAGGUCAACGAAUAUGGAAGGCCAUCAUUCUUGACCUUCUACCCAAAGGUUUAGCAAAAGCUCGCAAGGCUCUUCUGACCGGUUGUUCAGCUGGUGGUUUAUCAACGUUUUUGCAUUGUGACAACUUCAAGAACUAUCUUCCAAAAACCGCAAACGUUAAGUGCAUGAGCGACGCUGGAUUCUUUCUUGACGCAAUCGAUGUGGCAUCAAACCGGACAAUGAGAUCUUUCUACACUAAGCUUGUGUCUCUCCAGGGUAUACAAAAGAACCUUGAUCCAAAUUGCACACGAGCGUUCUAUCCUGAACCAUCUCUGUGCUUUUUUCCACAAUAUGCAUUGAGAUUCAUUAAAACACCAAUGUUCAUCUUAAAUUCAGCAUACGAUGUAUUCCAGUUCCAUCAUGGGCUUGUACCACCUUCAGCUGACCGGACCAAGCGUUGGAACCAUUGCAAGCUUAAUGUGACAGCAUGUAAUCCACACCAGCUCGAUGCACUCCAAGGACGGACAUGUUGGGAGCAUUAA